AAAAAUGAGUGUAAUUUCGCGGGUGAAAUAAAACCCCAGUGCCCCACCCCCGGGGUGUGUGUGUGUGUGUGUGUGUGAUAUCUUUGAGGAAGAGAAAGCACCUUGGCAGUCGCGCGAGCCGAUGAGAAGCGCUCGGAUAUUUAAUCAUGGCCUUGCACGGAGGGAGAGCUCUGCUGCUGCUACUGAAGUGUGCGCGUGGAGGAAGAUCGCAUUUCUGGCGCGACCUCAGCCCGGUUCCGAAGCUGCUCUGUCGCGCGAGACCUCUCUCCAGCGCUGCUCCGAGCUCGCUCCUGGCUGGUAAGACGCACGCGGAGCUGCGCGAGCUCUCAGCCCGGGAACCGGAGCGCUUCUGGGACAGUGUUGCGCGUGAGAGGAUCACGUGGAUUCGGGGUUUUGAGCGCGUGCAGGAUUGCGAUCUGGGACGCGGGAAGAUCGGCUGGUUCCUCGGGGGGCAACUGAACGUUUCCGUAAACUGUCUGGAUGUACACGUUGCUAAAGAUCCGAAUCGUGUGGCUCUGAUCUGGGAGAGAGAUGACCCAGGGACAGAGGAGAUGGUCACCUAUAGAGAACUGCUGGAGAUGACCUGUCGCUUAGCCAACACGCUAAAGAGCCACGGCAUAAGGAAAGGAGACCGCGUGGCCAUCUACAUGUCCAUGUGUCCCAUGGCGGUGGCGGCCAUGUUGGCGUGCGCGAGGAUCGGAGCGGUUCAUACUGUCGUGUUCGCUGGGUUCAGCUCCGACGCUCUGGCAGACCGGAUUCAGGAUGCUGAGUGUAAAGUGGUGAUCACGUGUAAUCAGGGUGUGAGAGGUGGACGUGUCAGCAAUCUGAAGGUGACGGUGGACGCGGCAGUAAAGUCCUGUCCCUCAGUGAAGAGCGUUCUCGUGGCUCAGAGAACCAAUCACAGUGUGCCGAUGGGAGAACUGGACACGCCCCUGGAGGAGGCGAUGGCGCAGGAGUCGUGUGUGUGUCCUCCAGAGCCCAUGGACAGUGAGGACAUGCUGUUUCUGCUCUACACAUCAGGCAGCACGGGAAAACCUAAAGGCAUCGUCCACACCCAGGCUGGAUACCUGCUCUACACCUCUCUAACACACCAGUACGUGUUUGAUUACUGCCCCGGGGAUGUGUUCGGCUGUGUUGCUGAUAUCGGAUGGAUCACUGGUCACAGCUAUGUGGUGUACGGACCACUCGCUAAUGGAGGAACUACUGUACUGUUUGAGAGCACACCUGUGUAUCCCAAUCCAGGUCGGUACUGGGAGAUGGUACAGAGGUUGAGGAUUAAUCAGAUUUAUGCGGCUCCCACGGCUCUCAGGCUGCUGCUGAAGUACGAAGACAGCUGGGUGAAGAAGCACGACCGCUCGUCCCUCAGAACCCUCGGCUCAGUUGGAGAACCUAUCAAUCAUGAAGCGUGGGAUUGGUUCUACAACGUUGUGGGAGAAGGACAAUGCCCCCUGGUGGACACAUGGUGGCAGACAGAGACAGGAGGAGUGUGUAUCGCUCCUCGACCUGCCGAGCCCGGCGCUGAGAUACGGCCGGCCAUGGCCAUGAGGCCUUUCUUUGGUAUUCAGCCUGCGUUAAUGGAUGAAGCGGGCCAGGUCCUGACAGGAAAUGAUGUCAGUGGCGCUCUGUGUAUCGGUCAACCGUGGCCCGGAAUGGCCAGAAGCAUCUAUGGAGAUCAUCAGAGAUUUGUGGACGCAUAUUUUAAACCCUAUCCUGGUUAUUAUUUUACUGGUGAUGGAGCAUUCCGGACAGCAGACGGACAUUACCAGAUCACCGGACGGAUGGAUGACGUCAUCAAUGUCAGCGGUCAUCGUUUGGGAACGGCGGAGAUCGAGGACGCCCUGGAUGAACAUCCAGAUGUUCCUGAGACUGCAGUCAUUGGAAUUUCUCAUGAUGUUAAAGGAGAAGUUCCGUUUGCGUUUGUGGUUAUGAAGGAGAACGUGUCAGAGAACCAGGAGGCCGUGGUGAAGGAGUUGAGACAGCUGGUGGCCACCAAGAUCGCCAAAUACGCCGUACCUGACCACUUUCUGGUGGUGAAGCGUCUUCCAAAGACUCGCUCGGGAAAGAUCAUGAGGAGAAUUCUCCGGAAGGUGGCCAUGGGGGAGCUGGACAGUCUUGGGGAUGUCUCCACGCUGGACGACCCGUCUGUAGUGAGCGAGAUCAUCGAGGCUCAUCAGAGCUACAGGAACCAAGCAGUUAGGGCGUGACAUCACAGCCAACAUGGUGGGGGAGGGGCAAUGACAGGAAGUACAUCUGAGAAACAGGAAAUAAGAAAGUCAUUAAAGACAUAAAAGGGCUUUUCACACUGCGCUUAACCCCGGGUUAUCUUCAUUCUAAACACCGCUUUUAACCCCGGGUAACAAGACGUUUCACACCUGUAAUCUGAGAGCGCUUUACCCGGGGUUAUGAAACCCUGCUCCGGAGCAGGGUUAGCACUGCAUUUGCCGUGUUAACCCCACAUUGCAGUGCUAAGUUUGUUCAAUGUGAAACAGAGCAGUGUUUGACAGCCAAUCAGAAAUUGAGCAGCGAGGCUCAUGUCACAUCCGUAACAGGAAACGUGCAUCAUGUAAACAGCAGACAGUGUUGCCAGAUUGUGCGAGUUCCCACCCAAUUGGGCUACUUUCGGUUACGUCUAACCGGAAAAAAUUCAUUGGGCGGGUUAGAAUUUAGGCUGGUUUUUUAUGCAACUGGUGGGUUUUUAUUUUUGACUAUAAACAUGAUAUUUUAUUAACUUUCCAUUCAAACGAACUUUACAAUAAAGUAUAAUAUGUAGUGUUGACCUUUUAAUUAUAUGGUUUUAAUCUGCAUUUGGGCUGGAAGUCAACACUGACAGCAGCUGGUGAGAGAAAAGUAAGAAAAUGUCAAAAGAUGGAAAGCGUGUGAACUGGAGUGAUGAGGAGACUGGAGUGAUGAGAUGGUAUUAUUCUUACAGCAUUUUUUAAAAUGGGGUUAACAAUUCAAGUGUGAAAAGCCCUAAUGAAAUGAUAAAGGUUAUGUUUGUAAUAAAGCAUUAAUAACCUGCGCUAUUAAAGCAGGAUUUUAUUGUAGAGCAUUUUGUUGUCCUGUGAAUAAGCUGAGGAUAAAAUUCUGUGGAAUCAAAACUGAUAAAAAGCUUCAUCUAAUGACUCUGAUAUCAAAAUUAGCACAUAUGAGGUCAUGACCACGCCCUCAACUAUGCCUGCCACGCCCACUCAGGUUAUUACUGUGAGAUCUGGAGACUCUUGUGUGUUGUCGGGUCAAACACUAACAUGCUUCCUCAGGAUAAAGCUCUCUCUCUCUCUCUUUCUCUCUCUCUCUUUCUCUCUCUCUCUCUCUCUCUCUCUCUCUUAUAACCCUUCAUAAUGCUCCAUAACUCCUUUAUGAACAUAUUUUUGAACGAUUCUAAAACAUGACACAGCACUGGGUGGGAACUAAGGAAUUCUUGUUCAAAAUGUAUUCUUCUUUAUAAAGUGUUAAUUUAUUUAUUAAAACAGAAAUACUUAAAUAAACACAAAUGCUGCUCUUUACUAUGAACAUUUAUAAACCUUUAUAAAGCCUUAUAAACUCCAGGACAGUAGAGAUUAUUAAACACCUCCAUCAGAGGGAGGAAUAAGUGCCUUUUAUCAAUUAAAUGAUUCUGACAGGUUAUAUUUUAUUAUUAUUAUUCAUAUUCUUAUUAUAUUAAUGUUAAAGCACCGAAGUGACCACGGUGCCUUAUAACCACAGGUUAUGUAGAGAGCAUAACUACUUAUUUUAAAUAAGCAAUAAUAAAGAAUCUGAAUUAAACAGGUAUAUUAUCUUCUACUGUAAAUUGUAUUCUGUUAUUAUAAUAAUCUAAUCACGCAGUAAUCAGCUCUAAUCAUUAGGAACAUUAACCCUUAACGAGCCGAGCAAUUAAAGACUUCAUCUCCUGUUUCUUCUGGUCUAGUGUUCACCUUACUUCAUCUGUCUCUGUCUCUCUCUCUCUCUCUCUCUCUCUCUGCUCAUUAUAAAGGUCAUGUCCAGUGAUGAUGUGAAUUGUGUGUGUGUGUGUAAUGGGUUUAGACACUGAACACUGUAGUGCUCUAUUAAAUGAACUGUGAUUAAAACUUUCAAAUAAAAUCCGAUUAAUGAUC